AUACUAGCUUAGUCAGUGACACGUCAUUUUUAACUAUGUCUCGAUCGACAGUCACCAGAAGAGACAGCGCAUCAGUGAACGGCCUAUAAAUAUGUCGCACAAACCGUGAACAUCACAACACAGUCCACGCUAGUUACAGAUCUAAAGCAUACAGAUUGUUCCCCUUGACAAAGUUUACACAUUUCAAACCAUGAGUCAGCAAGCCGCAAGCGAGUACAUCUUCAAAAUCAUCUUCGUUGGAGACUCCAGCGUGGGCAAAACUUCCCUGAUGUUACGUUACACUGAGGACUGCUUCAGCGACAGUUUCAUCACCACCAUAGGCGUCGACUUCAAAAUCAAAACUAUCGAUGUUUCAGGAGUUUCCGCCAAACUUCACAUCUGGGACACCGCCGGUCAAGACCGGUUCAAGAAUAUAGUUUCCAGCUUCUACAGGGGAGCAGACGGUGUGGUCCUGGUCUUCGAUGUCACCAACAUGGACAGCUUCCAGAACAUCGGGACCUGGAUGAAAGAUGCCCGCCACUACGCCUCUGACCAGUGCACACUCCUUCUAGUCGGUAACAAGUCAGAUCUGGUCAAAGAGCGUGUCGUCUCCUUCGAGGCGGCCCAAAGUUUCGCGGACAGUGUCGGCCUCCCUUACCUAGAAACAAGCGCGAAAAGUUCCUUCAACGUGCACAACGCAGUCAACCAUCUGGCAGAAACUCUGGUGAAGGAACGGAAAGAAUCGUCCGUGCUGACUCCAGCCACUCCGGUUGGUUUUAUUGACAUCAGGGCCAGGCAAGUCCACACUGGAUGGUGCUUCGGAAAAGACACCUGCUCAACAUUAUAAACCUAUCACCGAACCUGUACCGGUACUCUAGACAGAAACAAGUGCCGAGAGAGGGAUGUAAAAAUAUAAGAAGAGAUACAUCUUUAUCAUGUACACGAUGAUAACGACUAACAAUAAUUGUGUGGACAUGAGUCUACUUCAUGAUACAGACACACAAUAAUUCUGUGGGCAUGAGUCUACUUCAUGAUACAGACACAAUAAUUGUGUGGGCAUGAGUCUACUUAUGAUACAGACACACAAUAAUUGUGUGGGCAUGAGUCUACUUCAUGAUACAGACACACAAUAAUUCUGUGGGCAUGAGUCUACUUCAUGAUACAGACACACAAUAAUUGUGUGGGCAUGAGUCUACUUCAUGAUACAGACACAAUAAUUGUGUGGGCAUGAGUCUACUUAUGAUACAGACACACAAUAAUUGUGUGGGCAUGAGUCUACUUCAUGAUACAGACACACAAUAAUUGUGUGGACAUGAGUCUUCUUCAUGAAACCAGGUGUGACAGUCAACAAUGACUAGCUGUCAACGUCUGCUACGAGUUGACUAAGUGCGAGCCACAUUAUAUAUUAUAUCAAAUACGGGUACAUCACUUUAACAUUGGGUACAGUUCGUGGAGUCAGUGAAUAGAUUCUAUACAAUAGAAUCAAAUCUCUUUCAGCUCUCGUAACAUUACAGAGACUCCAAAGGAUUGUAUAUUCGUGUGUGAAUGCAGGCGCAUGGGCUACUUGAAACCAUUUCUUAAAUAAAACCGAAAGAAAACAACAAAAAAUACUUCGCUCUAUGAACUUAACUCUCCAAAUCAAAUCGCUUCUAAAUAGUGAGUUGACAAAGCAUCUAGAGUUCAACUUGCCUACAUAAACAGUAUAAUAAGCCAACAAUAAAUGAAUGAAAGCUCGACAUCUGUCUAUAAACUAUACAAUAAAAUAAUAUGUACAAUAAAAAACAUCAACAACAAAGAAACAGGGCACUAUUUGUAUAUGGCAUUUGAUUACCUUGUGAUGAGAUUGAAAACUAAUACUGAAAACUGAUAGUUUGUGUGUAAAUACUAGUAUCCAUUAAAUGUUAAAUUGAAAAAAAAU